AUGUCCAUCAUGUUCAAGGGCGGCUCUUCCAUGGAGCCCAAGGGCUUCAAACUCGAAGAAGAAGACGAUGAUAAUGCGUCAGGCGAGCGAUUGUUAGGGCAAACAGAUUCAGUGGGCGAAUUCGACCCGUCGGAGCAACCCAACAACACCUCCACUCGGCGUUGUCGUCGAAACUGGAGAAUCUGCAUCCUCCUUGGCAGCAUCCCGAUCGUCCUGUUCGCCCUAUACUACGUCUGGGACCACACCAUCAACCAGCGAGACCAGCCAGCUCCGAAUACAAAAAAGCAAUACAUGUACUGCGGUAACACCGUCGCGGAGGCCCGCGCGGCCGGGUGCCAGUUCGAGCUCAUGUCCUACGCGUGGCUGCCUGAGCCGUGCGUCGACCAGGAGCUUGAGGAAGAGUUCCGGAGCCUGGGCUUCCCCUACUUCGAGGACAUCGAGGGCACGAGUCCCGUGCCACACGAGGUCGUGGUACAGGGCGACCAAAUUGUGUUUUCUACAUGGCGGGAGCACGUCUGGCACUGCGCGUUCAUGUGGAAGAAGAUCGUCAAGAUCGCCAACGGGGUCAAGGGCGGCGGGGGCCUCAGCACGAGGAUGCUCCGCAUGAAUCAUACUGAGCACUGCUCCGAGAUGAUUCUUGCUGACGACGGGCCGCCUCUUGACGAGGUCAAUACCAGAGGCACUCCUGCCUUUGAUGAGUGUGUAUAUGAAGAGGAUGCGCGGCCUUUCUUGGAUGGGUUAUGA